UGAGAUUCAUUGAACAUUGCACAAACUCAACACUCGGCUAAGAGCACAGAGCAGAAGAACAUAACCCAUGGAAGAGGAAGAGGAAGAGGAAGAGGAAAAAGUGAAAGUGGAAGAUGAAAUGGAAAAAUUAGUGUGUGUUACCGGAGCUUCCGGUAACAUUGGUUCCUGGAUCGUCAAGCUUCUUCUACAACGCCGUUACAAUAACGUGAGGGCCACCGUUCGCGACACAAAUGAUCCCAAAAAGGUAAAGCACUUGCUCAGAUGUGAUGCCACGAAGGAGAGAUUGAAACUCUUCAAAGCCGAUCUUCUAGAAGAAGGUUCCUUUGACUCUGCCGUUGAAGGUUGUACCAUUGUGUUCCACACUGCUUCUCACUUUUUCGAAGAUGCCAAGGAUCCACAGACUGAGUUGUUGGAUCCAGCUGUGAAGGGGACUCUGAAUGUUCUGAAAUCGUGCGCGAAAUCGCCGACGCUGAAGCGAGUGAUUCUAACUUCUUGUAUUGCUGCAGUUGCGUUCAACGAGAGGCCUAAAAACCCUAAUGUAGUGGUUGACGAGACUUGGUAUUCUGACCCAGAAUACUGUAAGAGAAAUGGGUUAUGGUAUAACCUCUCAAAGACUUUGGUCGAAGAUGCUGCCUGGAAAUUUGCGAAAGAAAACAAUAUUGACUUGGUUAUAAUGAACCCAGGAUUGGUUAUCGGACCUCUCUUGCCACCAGUACUUAAUACUAGUUCUGCUGCAAUUUUGAAUUUAAUUAAUGGUUCGCAAACAUUUAAAAAUGAAACUUUGGGAUUUGUGGACGUGAGAGAUGUUGCAUCUGCUCAUCUUUUUGUAAUGGGGUAUCCUGCGGGGCAUCCUUCGUACAGUGGAAGAUAUUUACUAGUUCAGAGGGUGGCACACUACUCAGAUAUUGUGAAGAUUUUACGUGGUUUAUACCCAACAUUGAAACUUCCGGAGAAGUGUAUAGAUGAUAGGCCAUAUGAUCCAAUCUUCCAGGUUUCGAAGGAAAAAUCAAAGCGAAUGUUGUCUUACCCUUUUUCUUUCGAAAGAAGUCUCAAGGAUACUGUAGAGAGCUCGAAGGAAAAGAAGUUUAUCAAAUUUUAAGUUGUUUCCCUUCAAGAAGCGUAGAAACCUUCUUUAGUUGUUCACUUGGCUUCUUAUGCUCAUGCAUGAAUAUUAUAUAUCAGAACUGUUAUUUGCCAU